AUGCCUUUUGAUCCUCCAUCUCCUACAGGCACGGCCUCCUUGCCCAUGCGAGAAGUGUCUUUGGUCAGCAAGCGCGCUCAGAUACGCGGAGCAAUCAGCGCCUUGUUUGCGGGCAUGGUGACCGGGCUGCUCUGUCAACGACUCCUGCGCGUUCCAUCCAAAUACAUACUGGCAAAUUCUUUGCUUGCUGCAGGCGCGGCAGGCUACAUUUCCGCCCGAUCUGAGCUUCGAGAUGGUCUAUCAGAGCUGGAGAGGUCCAUUGCUCUUCAAAGAGGUCACUCGCCCAAUCUGCGAAAGCUGCAAGUCGGACAGCAGCUCAACGAUGACCAGGCUUCUGCAAAUGAGUGGAGCACGGCAAACGAGACGAGGUUCGAGGCGGGAGCGGGAGGAAUGAGCGAAUUUGUAGACAGGUAUGCUACUACAAGAGGAGAUCAUUGA